AUGGAUCUUCUAUUAGUCCUACCUGGAUUUGUAACGAAACCCUUCACACACAUUCUCCCUCCCCUUGAAAGAGCUAAAGUCACCACCGUCGACCUAAUUACGCUAGACGCUCUCGAGGUCGCAAAACGUGCCCGUGUACCUCCCGCAGAUGUUCGCCGGCUCUCUUCCCUCAUCGUCGAGGCAUUGCACACCGAUGUUGGCUUUGAAAGGUCGCAGACAGACACAGGGACUAGCGAUGGACCCAGCUCCAGUAUAACCCCUGAUGUAGCGAGCAGAACAGUCGGGUCGACGAAGCGCACGUCACAAUGGAACACUAUCAGCUCUCUUGACCCUGGUAUGGAUGCACUCCUAGGAGGUGGAAUUCCGACCGGCUAUGUCACAGAAGUUACAGGCGAAAGUGGAAGCGGCAAGACCCAAUUCCUCCUAAGCCUCUGUCUAGCCGUCCAGCUACCCAAACCACAGGGGCUACGACGACGUGCCAUGUACAUAUCGACAGAACACCCACUAUCUACGCCACGACUCUCACAGCUCCUAGAAUGCCAUCCCGUCCUCUCAACACUUCCCGCCGAGCAGGCGCCCUCGCUGGAGGAUAUCCUGUCCAUCAACGCCAUGGACUUGGAGACGCAAGAUCACAUCUUAAAUUACCACCUUCCCGUCGCCAUCGAACGUUAUAACAUCGGCCUGGUCAUCAUUGAUUCAGUUACAUCCAAUUACCGCGCUGAAUAUACAUCGAACAGCAUCCAAUCCCUCACCAAACGAUCAUCCCAGCUCGCAAAACUGGGCCAUUUACUGCGCAACCUCGCCGUAAAGGAAGACAUCGCUAUCGUGCUCGCGAACCAAGUCUCCGACCGUUUCGAGUCUAUCAGAACCAGCGAGCCAACUCCACGGGCAGGGUUAUCCGUACCAAGCCAAACAACAGAUCGUGGAUCCGGCCCUGUCUCUCCCCUCCCAAAAUCUCGAACUGAACAGUUAGCUACUGGAAAUAGCCAACAGCCACCCCCUUCGUCCUCUGCUAUUUCCUCAUCGCCAUACCAUGCACCACACGAUAAAAACUUCGACGGCUCCUACCUGAUUGCGCCUCGAGCACGCAAUAGCAUGUUGAACGUGGCUCACCAGGAGCGCUUCUACUCUGGCUGGGGUGAUGGCGCGUACCCAGAGAGUGGAUCUUUGAAAAACCCGGCACUAGGAUUCGUCUGGUCAACGCAGAUCGCCUGUCGAAUCGCAUUGAAAAAGGAAAAUUCCCACGCCGCGGGUGUUUUCAUGGACGACCAUGCAUAUAUGGCGUCUACACAAGGAGCAUCGCAGCUGCACAACGGAGAAAAUCCCAACGUCUUUCGAGACCCAGACUCAAUAGCAAUGCCUGCGCCCUCUCUCAAGAACAGAGUCUCUGACUCGCAGAACAACCACCCCACCCCAGGCUCCGAAUCCACCACACGGACCAUGAAACUUGUCUUCUCGCCGUGGACGGCAGGUCUCAAGGAUACAUCCGGAAAUGGUCAAGCAAGUAGAAGAAGUGGCGAGGUAGAGUUUGAAAUCUGGAAAGGUGGCUUGAGAAGUACGAGUCAUGGUGGCUGA